GUCGAGCGCGGCGGGGCGAGCGAGGGGCGGACCGGAGAUCCCGAGGCCGCGUCACGUCAGCUGUCAGCGGACACCGAGGUGCUGUUGGAUGUCACUACGGUGCGGUGUCAGGCGGGAUCUGGUUUGCUAGCAUCGUCCACUCUGGCAGAUCCAAUGGAGAAGCUCCAGGACCUGAGCCAAUCGGAGCUGCAGGAUCUGCUGGACAACCCGGAGAGGGUGGAGUCUAUGGCCCUGGAGUCUGACGAGAUCCAGAACAUCCAGCUGGAGAGAGAAAUGGCGCUGGCAUCGAACCGAAGCCUCGCUGAGCAGAACCUGGACAUGAAGCCUCGUCUGGAGUCACAGAAGGAGGUGUUGGUGGAGAGAUACUCUCAACUAGAGGCCGUCGGAGAAAACUACAGACAACACUGCUCCCUGAGAGACGGGAUGGUGGGUCAGGUGUCUCCAGAGGCAAUGUUCUCCAGACUACAGACAGAGGGCGGCAAAACCGAGGCAGAGUCCGAGGUUCUAGCUGACGAGUUUCUGGAGGGUUCCCUGCCACUGGACUCCUUCCUCGACCGCUUCCUCUCCCUGCGCUCCCUCGCUCACAGAAGACGAGUGCGGAUAGAGAAGCUCCAGGAGAUCUUGCGACAGAGGAGUGAGGGCAAUCCUGCUGCCAUGACAUCAUCGGCAGGUAUCAGCCAGGACCCUGCUGCCACGCCCUCACCGUGGAGUCAACCGACGACAACUGCAACGACGUCAAAUCCGCAGCAGCCGAACUCCAAACCUCAGUCCUCCAGUUACCAAAACACCUCUCAGCCGGCCUCCUCGUCCGCAGGGUGCUGCCCCGGCAUGUCCUACAGCCCCUACCCCGUCUCCCCACCCAACCCUCCCCCUGCAGCAGCUGCAGCAGGGUCUGGCCCAGCCAACCCUCCAUCACAAUUCCCUCCCUACCCAGGUUCCGGCUCACCUUUCACCCCAGGAGGUAGCUACUCCGGCCCAAGGCCCACUUUCGGGCCUCCGGCUUCAGCCACUUGCCCAUACCCGACCCAGCCCUCCUUCCCCGCCCCACACCCAGGCUCAGCAUUUGGCCAGUACACCCCCAGCCACUCCCAGAGCGGCCCUGCCCCCUACCCGGCCGCCUACAGCUACGGCGGCUACAGCUACCCUGCAGGGCCGACCCAUUUCAAUUCUCAGUCACCAACGGGCCGGCCCAUCUACAGACCGGGAUAUGGAGUUCCACAGCCCUACUCCUGAAAGCACUACUGCUCCUGCGUCUCAACUCUUCCCUUCUACACUGUCUCACCCUUUCUCCUCCCUCCCUCCGUGGGCUCUCUCUCCUUUCCCUAAUUCUUUUUCCUCCCCUUGUCUUUUUACCUUUUCUACCCCCCUCCUUCUGUCACCCAUGCUCCCAGAAUCAAGAGGUGUCGCUUUACUUAUCUUUGUUGCACUAUUUCUCUCUUUCUCUGAAUAUCGGUCUGUUGAUCUCUCUGUCUUUCUCUCUCUCCUGUGUCACCCCCUGGCCCACCCACUCCCCCACACUAGUCUCAGGUUGUUAUGUUGUGUUUGAAUGUAAAAAACACUUGUAUCUGGCCCCUUCAUUAUACUCACUCUCUUCCCUCUCUUCAUCGCUCCCCCCUCCCUUCUCUUCCAUGUCAAGUGUGUAUGUGUGUGUUGCUACUUGGCAAUCAGAAAGACCUUCUAUACAUACAAGUGCACUCCCCCUUAAGACAAAUGCAUGACAGGAAGUCAACGGUGUCCAGUAGCUGUCUGCUUCACAAUGUUGUCCAUGAGCACAGUCCGCUGAAAGAAGCAGCUCCUGAGUUACGGUGUGUGUCCCAGUUUCAACUCCACGGGGCUCGUACGAUGCAGUUAAAAUGGAAAAGUGAAUGGCUGGCACACAGUGUGGCUCUUAUAUUUGAUUCAAUUAUGAUGCAGGGGUUUUGAGGGAACCAGUUUCUCAUUUAUCAGCUCUUCCACACACCUACUCCAAACAUAAAUGAUAAGGUGAUACAAGUGGCAGUGGGCAGAAGAACCACCAGUGACCCUUUAUUUUCCUUAACCAAAGACUUGUUAUGUUGUGAAGCACCUCUGUCAUCGUGAAGGGCCAGAGAGCGGCACAGGCGACUGCUCACAGGGAUCAUUGGUGAAACACUGUAGGGAUCAAUAGUCGUGUACCAAGCUUCUUUUUUUAAAUUUUCCUUCUCAGGAUUGUUCACCAUUACAGAAAAGAGAGAGAAAAUACUCUAAUUCACAAAAACAGGUUCAUCAGAUCCCACCAGGGAAGAUCUGUGUUUGUACCAUUGACUGAUGUCUCCUCCUGUGUGUGUACCUUGUCUCUGUGUGGAGCAGCUAAUGCUCUGACAGAUAUAAUAUAUAAUAGUAUAAUAUAUAAUAAGGAUAAAACUCAACUCUGUGCAGACAGGAUGCUGUUGGCCUGUGGUGCAAAUGUGCGGCUCAAAGUUCUUCUAGUUGAACUCACUGGUGUGACUGAGCCUCGACAUAUUUAGCUUAUUUCAUAAAAACGACAAACGGCAAGACAAGACAAUAAGGGAGUUCUAGCACAUGUUCGUUAAAGUUACAGACUGCUGCUGUGGAAGGCAGACAUACAUUAGACAUGAGGUUGCCCACCUGUCCAAUAAACACCAAACCAAUCGAACAGCUCUUAAAUGGGGUUCAUUGUUUCAGGGACCUUUCCAACAAAUAGACUGUGGAUCAACAAAUGCAAAUCUCCACUGAUGCUGUGUGUCGCUUUGUGCCAAGAGCCAUCGAAAUGAUAAGGUCUUAUAUUGUUAGAGGUGUUGGUAGUGAAGUAUAGAGUGAUUGUCGGAUGUGUUGGGCGACCUGCUGGACUCUCUGUCUGAAUUCACACACAACCGAACCCUGUCCCACGCCUUUGUUCCCUCUCUGUCUGUACGCUCCCUCGCCUCCUCUCCUCUCCAUCAUUCUCCUCCCCUCGCCUGCUCGCUGAAAACAUGAACUGAUGUUUGACAAUGAUGACUAGAAGAAAA